AUGGAACACCAACAAUCUACCAAAUCAGACGAUAAUGAAGACUUGCUCUUCCACAAAUCAAAGUUUUUGCGGGUUCUUCUAGGCAUCGGUCUCGCUUUCCAAACUACCAUCGGGUGUUCUGCCCUUUUUUGGUUGAUUUUCCAAAACUACGGGUAUAAUUACGGCAGCGGUGGAUUUACUUUUGAGAUUUUCCGUCUCCUUUGUCUCAUAUAUGCCAUCGGCUACCUAUGGAAUUGUACGAUCUGGUUUUUCUGCAUAUACUACAACAAAACCCUCCCUCGCGACAAACUAUUCAUUCUACUCGAAUUAGCGAGAUCGAUACCAUGGCUCUUGGCUUCGCUGGUCUUCUUUGCCGUUGCCAUCCCGGAGGUUAUUCGUGACUUCCGGUAUAUUGUUGAAGGAGGUUAUUAUGUCUUCGAGCGUAUUGCUAAAUUGGUGCUUUGUGGAGUGGUCAUUCUGCCGUCUUUGUGGUCUUUGAUCUACAUGUUUUUGUACUUCAUUAGAGAGAGGAAGGAGGAGAUUGUGAAGGCUUUGAAGAUUGGGAAGAAGAAGGGGGAGGAAGAGGAUAAGAAGGCUGGGGGAGAUGCUGAGGAGACUACGGCUCGGGAUGGUGGGAGUGAUCACGAUGCUGAAGAGACACCCUUGUUGAUUGAUCAUGAUGAGAUGGUUUGA